UGUGAAAAUCCACGUCGAACUGAAAGCAUGUCUAUUACGCACUCCGAAGGUAUAGAGGAGGAUUUCGAGGGUGAGACGAUAGAGGUGCCUGCGAAGAAAAAAAAGAACUUCUUCGUGGAAAAUUGGUUCAUGAUCACGACAAUUAUCGGUGUGGUGAUAGGGUUUGGUGUCGGUUUCGGUAUCCAGAAGGUUGGUAUCAGUGAAACAGGCAAAGUCUGGCUCGGAAUGCCGGGAGUUUUGUACAUUCGCGUUCUUCAACUGACCAUCCUUCCAAUGAUUGUAUCCAACGUGAUUAAUGGUGCGUCGGUUGGUAAUCAAGGUGGUAACGCCACAGAGUCGGGAGACUCCAGUCAAAUAUCAUACAUCUUCCGUGAUCUUCUCCUGAAUAUCUUUCCGGACAACAUUGUCGGCGUGACUCUCUUCCAGGCCGGCACGAACUUCAGUAACCCAAUAAUCAAUGCGGCAAAUGAAGUAACCUACGAAUCGAUUACUCUCAGUGGCACCAACAUGAUUGGUGUCCUGUUCUGUUCGGUUGUGUUUGGCCUUGCAACAAACGUGGCUAAAGAAAAGGGCGUACCCUUCAAGAACUUCUUCGGCUCCCUGGGUGAAGUCGUCAUGCUUCUGAUGCAGAAGUUCCUGCUGGUCACUCCGGUCGGUGUCAUGUUUAUGGUGAUGAGCGCAAUCUCGGAGGUGGAUGAUCUGACAAACACGUUCAUCUCGCUGGGUCUUUUCAUAGCCCUCAACUUUGCAGGUCAAAUUACUCACUUCAUCUUGUUACUGCUCUCAUUGGUCUGUCUUGGCAAAAAUCCUUUCCGAAUUCUUCGACUGUGCCUGCCUCCCUACUUUAUUGCAUUCGCCACAACAUCCGGCAUUGUGUCGUUACCCAAGUGCUAUGAUGCUUGUGACACCUACGGAAUUCCCAAAGCCAUUUCCCGAUUUGUGUUGCCCAUUGCUGGUACCAUGAAGAGUGACGCGUCUGCCAUCUUCAUCGUGGGUUCAGUCUUCUUCGUUGCUCAAAUGGCUGGUGUAAAUCUCGAUGCAGGAAAGGUCGUGAUUGUCGUGAUCCUAGCUACUGCUUAUGUCUCGGCCUUGCCAAAUAUUCCCAGUGCCAGUGUGGUUGCCGUCAUUACUAUUCUGAACUCGAUCGGCGUUGAUGCGGGAGGGGCCUCUCUACUUUAUGCUGUGGAAUGGCUCAAGUCAAAAACCGUGAAUAGUGUUGUUAACAGCGGACAUCUGGUCACCUAUAUGGUCCGCUACAUGAUGCCAGUUAGCGAUCGACUGCGAUCAGGAAACGUUGCACUGUCUCACAUGUACUGUACAACUUUUGUGUACCACUGUUGUGAAAAAGAUUUCAAAGCGGACGAAGAGAUUGACGAUGAGUUCAGUGAGCAGAAAGAAUCGGACUAUGAUAACUAA